AGCCUUUUUACUUGCUUGUGUUAAGAUGUUUCGUCUGUUUCUAUUGAUUUGCGCUGCUUCUGCAGCUCCUAUUAACAAAGAUGAUGAAGAGCUUAGCAGACUCGCUAUGCAGAAUCCUGAUUUGUUCGGCGGUGAUAUGGCAGGAAUACAGAGUCUGGAUGAUCGAAAUGGUAUUCCUUUUGAUAUGUUUAGAUGGCCUAAUGCCGAGGUUCCCUAUGUUAUUGACGCUUCCUUGAAACCCCAUAUGGCCGUUAUCACAGCGGCCAUUAAUAAUUAUCAUUCUACAACUUGCGUUCGCUUCGUACCUCGAACGAAUCAGUUGGAUUACAUCAGACUUUUCGCUGGAAAUGGGUGUUAUUCCCAAGUUGGCAUGACAGGAGGACCACAAGGAGUAUCUUUAGGUUCAGGAUGCAUAUUUAAAGGCACAAUUGUCCAUGAGCUUGGACAUGCUUUAGGGUUCUACCACGAGCAAAACAGAUCAGACAGAGAUGAUUACCUCCAAAUAUUUAUGAACAAUGUUCAGAAAGGUAUGGAACAUAACUUCGAUAAGUUGAAACCCAACCAGAAUAUUUUGUAUACUCCCUUCGAUUAUGAUUCUAUUAUGAUUUACGGCAACCACGCCUUUUCGAAGGAUGGCACGUCUGUUACCAUGAGGGCCAAGAACGGGCAGAAGCUUCUUGACCCCUACCACAAAAUUGGAAUGACAGCUUCUGACAUUCAAAGAGUGAAGAAAAUGUACAAUUGUAAAUGAAUAAAAACUAAAAUAUCUCAAAAUUUCCCCGUGUUUAAAACUGGAUAACGCAAUUAACGAUAUUGUUAAAAAUUCACCAUGUUAUUUAUAUCACUUUUUAUGUACAAUUCAAUAUUUCUGAACUAAAUGUUUAGAUAAAUAUUUAAAAAGUAAAAGUUUUUUCAUAUUAUCUUAUGCCAACUACAUGAGUAAUUCUUAAACUUUCUUUUGAUAGAUUUUAAAUCCAGAAAUGAUUUUAAUGAGAUUUAAGUUUUAGCACAUUUAGCAGUUUUCGGAAGAUUUUUUUAAGUUGACUCCUUAAGUUAUUUCAGAGGUUUCUAAUUCUCUUUACUUAUUCUAAGAUUGGUUUAUGAAAAAUAGUUUAAAGAUAACGUUAAAUUAUUUUAGCGACGGGAUAAAUUUAUCGCACAGUUUCAGUAAAACAUUUAGACUCCGAGAAAGUUAUUCUAAUUUUUCAAGCAUUUGAACGCAAUUUCUUUGAAUUCUGUGGAAAUAAAAGAAAAUACGAAA